UGGCUCGUCAGCUUGGCCAAUGAGCGCCAUCUUUGCUUUGAGGCGAAGCGGCGUCGGUGGGAGGCCAGAUGGGGCCCGGAGGAUCUCUCCUUUGGAGGCAGCAAGUGACCACCUUCAUCCUCUUCCGCCAUGGAAUCGCUUCUGGUUCUUCCAUGACAUGGGGACGGCAUCUGGCCCCCUGCAUGUCACUAGAUCCAGUGGGCACCUGCCAGAAAUUUCCAGGGCAAGUAGUACCAUGGAAUUAUCAGCAGAUCCGCACCAAAGCCCGAGGGAAUGAAUACCAGCCAUCAAACCUUAAACGGAAACAUAAACAUGGCUGGAUCAAGCGUAUCCGGUCAGCCAGCGGGAUCGAGGUGAUCCUCCGCCGUAUGCUGAAGGGCAGGAAAUCUUUAUCACAUUGAUUGCUCAGGAGGACUAAUAUUAGAAGUACAAAGCUGAAGGAAGUGUCAGAGAAUUGGAAGCAAGACCUGUUUGGAUAUCAGCUGCUUUCCUUGCUCAGCUAGAGAAAUGUGGCAAGGACUUCUAUGCACCAAACUAAGCUAUAAUCUGUCCUUUCAAGUGAAAGGGGGGAAAUCCUUAGGAUCCUCUCAUUUAGUAUACUUCAGUUGCUAAUUUUCUGUUUGUAAUUCUGUAAUUAAAAAUGUAAAUUAUA